AUUUUCUGAGAAUAUUCUCUCCCCAUCUCUGAAUGCCCAAGAAAACUUUCCAAUUCAUUUGACAACCCUUUCUUUGAUCCCAACUACCAACUCUCAUUAAUCAACGUCAUAAACUUCACCUCCGCAAAAAUGGCAACCGACCCCAAGUUUGACACCUUCCACAAGGAACUCUUCGAAGAAGGGCUCAAAAUGCGCCGUAGCGUUGUGGGCGACGAAUAUGUGAACCGCGCCCUCGCAAACGGCAAUACAGAGUUCUCGCGCCCGGCUCAAGAAUUCGUCACAGAAUGGUGCUGGGGGACAUGGACACGACCUGGGCUCGAUAAGAAGCAGCGCAGUCUGAUGAAUAUUGGUAUCCUGAUGGCGCUGAAUCGGACUCCCGAGCUCGCGGUACAUAUACGUGGUGCGAGGAACAAUGGUCUGACGGAGCUGGAGAUCAGGGAGGCGAUUCUGCAUGCUACGACAUAUCUUGGAGUGCCGGCUAUGGUGGAGGCGAUUAAGACUGCAGAGAAGGUGUUGGAUGAGAUGGCGGAGAAGGGAGAGAAGCCCAGAGAGUUGGGGAAUAAGGUUUCAACUGCAUAAGGGCGACUGGACGGAACACAUGAUGAAGUUCACUGACUUACCUGAUACACUUUAAAACCAUAUGAGUUCAAUCAAUGACACGUUGC